AAGCUCCGCCGCCGUCCCUAACGGCGGCCGCGCCGCCGCGGCCCAACAUCCCAACCUUGAUCCCUACAGAUCGAGGCCAAGCCGUCGUUAGUGGCGUCGUGCCGAGGGCUGCAGGUGGUCGUCGCCGUGCCAUCGAUUGCCGGCUAAGCUCGUGGAAGGUUCAGAUCGGGGAAAUCACUGUAUACGCUCUCAUUCCGGCGACAUUCGAGGACCGAGUGAAUGGAAGACAGUAGCUGCCCACCGCCAUCAGCUGUUGGGUCUGUUCCUGGAAGUCCACGAAAUGUACCAGCAAUGGAAUCAGUUAAUAGUUUGGUAAUGCCAGAUUAUUUGAGCGAUGCAAACUCUAUUGCUGAGAUCAACUCCCCGAUGCUGAAUAUUGGCACUUCUAGCACACCCAAAAAGAGGAAAUACUUCUCUCAAGAUGGCUUUUUGUUUAUCCCUGAAUGUGCUGAGGAAAUGAAGCCAAAAGUAGGAAUGUUGUUUGAAGAGAUUUCGUCCGCGGAGAAGUUUUACAAGCAAUAUGCGCACCACGUUGGAUUUUCUGUCGCCGUGGGCAGCAAUUGA